AUGCUGCUCACUCUCAUUUUAAUAGCUGCCUCGGCGGCGCUCACCUGGUAUUUGAUAUGGGCCUUCAAACGCAGCCACUAUUGGCAGGGCCGUGCUGUGCCAGGGCCAAGGGGCUCGUUCCCGUUCGGCGUCAUCUUCGAGGUGCUCGACCCGGCGCAUCCAUGGAUGUACAAAUUGACCGAGUAUACAAAGAAAUUCGGCAAAAUCUGGGGCUACCAAGAGGGCAUGUUCAACGUCCUCGUGGUCGCCGACCUCGAGCUGAGCAACGAGGUUCUGCACAGACGUUUUGAGGAGUUUCCGGAGCGUAAAGGAAAUCACUUGAUAAAGCGGGGCCCGAAAGAUGCGCGCGUGCACCUUGCCGAGGCAUGGGGCCAAAGGUGGAAGCGGCUGCGCACCAUCGUCACUCCUCAAUUUUCGAAUAAUUCUUUGAAAAAGGUCCUACCUAUCAUCAACGACUCCUCCCGGCACCUUGCCGCCCACGUCGGCAAGCAUGUCGAUCAAAAAUCAAUCAAUAUCCAUCGUUACUACCAAGAAUAUACAAUGGACGUGAUAGCUCGCAUCGCAAUGGGUGUGCAGGGGAGCCGUCAAUGGAACAGCCAGUUUCCCGACAUUUUGAGAGGGAUUUUUGAGCGCGAUGGGCGACAACCGAUCUUCCUGCUAGCCGUCGCCGCCCCGUUUUUGAAACCGAUCCUCCACCCGAUCUUCAUGAAGCUGUCCAAGCUGAUGAAGAUGCCGGCCAGCGUCCUUUUUGAGCAGAUCGAGCGGGCUGUCGCCGAGCGCAAGAAGCUGAGGGAAUCCGGCACGUUCACCAGCAACGACUUUAUCGACCUGUUCCUCGACGCCGAGUCCAACAUCGACCAUUCAAAGGAGGGCGCCUACGAUCGACGUGACGUGAAUGUGUCCCGAAAACUCACCGAAGACGAAGUGAUCGCCCAGUGCUUCGUCUUCCUCCUGGCCGGCUUCGACACGACGGCCAACACCCUGGCCUACGUCUCGCAUUUCUUGGCUCAAAAUAAGGAUAUACAAGAUCGUGUGCGCGAGGAGAUUGACAGCGUCUGCACCACGGAGGAAGUCACCUACGAGCAGCUGGCAGACCUGAAGUUUAUGGACUGCGUGACGAAAGAGGGACUACGCCUCCAUCCUCUGGCUACUGUCGCGGUCAGCCGCAUUGCCGAGAACAACUGCGAGCUGGCCGGCAUCAAGAUCGACAAGGGCACCAUUAUUCAGAUUGACGCCUACACACUCGGGCGCAGCAAAGAAAUCUGGGGCGACGACGCCGAGGAGUUUGUGCCGGAGAGGUGGAUGAACGCGACGGCCGAGCAAAAAAUGGCGUAUCUACCGUUUGGAUCUGGGCCCCGGAUGUGUGUAGGCAAUCGAUUGGCUUACAACGAGGAAAAGAUGGCGCUCGUUCAACUGCUCCGAAAAUAUGAGCUUUUCCCAUGCCCGGAAGCUAGUGGUCUCGAACUGAAGGGAGCAAUCACAAUCUCGCCUGUCUCCGUCGAUCUUCUCAUCAAAGAAAGAGCACCUCCUUCAGCC